CCUGGGCCGCUCCUGGGAGAGGCAGGGCUUCAGUUGAGCUGAGAGGCGGGAGCUCAGACAGCCUUGGGCCCCUGGCCAGUCCCCACCUGGCACUUAUCUGUGUCACUUUCAGGAUUUGUCUGACUCUGCGCUCCCUCGCAGGGGUGUGUUGGGGGGGAGUCCUCUUUGCGACUCUCAAAAUGGUUAUCAAAGUGUUUGUUGCUACAUCAUCUGGGUCCAUAGCGAUUAGGAAGAAACAGCAAGAAGUAGUGGGCUUUUUGGAAGCUAAUAAAAUCGAUUUUAAGGAGUUUGAUAUUGCUGGAGAUGAAGACAAUCGGAGGUGGAUGAGAGAGAACGUUCCUGGAGAGAAGAAACCUCAAAAUGGGAUUCCUCUGCCCCCACAGAUAUUCAACGAAGAGCAGUACUGUGGGGAUUUUGACUCUUUCUUCUCUGCAAAAGAAGAGAAUAUUAUUUAUUCCUUCCUUGGCUUGCCUCCCCCUCCAGGCUCAAAGGUGACAAAACCUCCCGAGGAAGCAUCUUCCCUUCCCAAUGGUGAUGUGACAGGAGAAGCACAGAGCACCACAGAGGGAACAGAGAAGGCUGAAGAAAGUGGACAGCACGAGGCACAGAAAGAGGGCAGUGAAGAUGCGGGCGAGCUCACCGGAUCCCCAGAGAAGAAUGAAGAAGAGGGAGAGACAGCAACAGAAGAGGUACAGUAGCAUAUUUCACAGUCAUGUUGUACUUAAUAAAAGCAUCUUUUAGGUGAGAG